CAGAUAGACGUGACUACAGUAUAUGAAUUUAAACGAUCAAGGCUAGCCGAGGCGACUCAUAACACCAGCACCCCGGUGUACUUCAUUGCCACGACUGAGCCCCCAUUAUCAACCAACGUUUCAUUCGGAUAUUCACAAUACAUCUUGGGUAUUCUUGUGAAAAGUAACUAUCCAUCAUCUCUUAAUCUGACAACAAACUGCGAAAAUCGACCAAUCUCGCCACUUAAAUUCCUUACGCAUGACUUCAGAAUCCAUUCAUCCAAAUAUUGAUCCCCACAACAUUGAGCCUAUCGUCAUGCCUCACAGAGAGCCCAAUACCCCGGAGCCGCAAACACGGGACUCUGCAGAGCGUGUAGCUCGCAUACGGAUUAAAAAUCGCAGGAAAUUGUACCUUGAUCGCCAUCCAUCAUAUUUCACUGCCCCGGACCUAGAGCUUGCAGAUCCUUUAUUAUAUGACCGAUGCAUCAGGAGAUUCCAGACUGCCGCGGAAAGAGAGGCAGAUGGACGAGCAAAAGGUUAUUCUGGUGUAUUGGAAGCAGAUCUAUAUCGAUCAGAAGCUAAGCUUGCUGCAUUGAAGGGCAGCUCUGAUUCGCGCCCUAAGGAUGAAGAUGAAGGUGUUGGGCGCAUUCAAGAAGAUCACGGGGUUCCAUACUUGAGCUAUGCCAGAGGUCAAAGUGGUGAAGUUUUACCUGAAGAUCCGGAUGAAGUACCGAGGAGUAAGGAGGACGGCUUCGAGAGAUGGAAGUUUGAGAUGACACUCAAGUUUCUUAGAGGGGAGGAUGGAGAUUUUGAUUAUCAAAAUGUAGAUGCUGGCGGGGAAUGGGACGAGAUUGAAAAUAGGGACGUUGAAGAGCGAUGGUUCGAGGAUGAAGAACCGGAAUGGUUAGGGGAAGAAGAAACUGGGGAAACAGUUGGUGGAGAAACUGGGAUACAGGAUUUUUAGAUGGUGGAUAAUACCAUGAUACGCAUCCUUCAUACGAUUGACUUGGAAGAAUUAUCAUACAGUAUGGCACUUCUUGAUUAGACUGAGCAAAUAACGAAUAUGUCUUGGCAGAUACGCAAAGCU